AGAACGCCAAAGGAAACACGUGGCUCGUGUGCUUUCCCCCCAUCUCCGCUACCAAAUUUGUGUGUCGGUCACUGCGCCUUUUCUGCGUGGCUCUCUCGCUUCGUCUUUACUCGAUAUUAUCUUUCUCCCAUUUAUUCUCACUUUUGUUUUCUGGUUACCUCUCGCCACCGUCUUGCGUCGAAGGGAUAUUUGUGUUGCACGUCAACCUCUCUCUCGCACCGACGCACACGCAAGAAGGACAGAAGAAAAAAUGCGCUCCCUCCGUUUGAAACGCUGCGUGGCGCUCGGCCUGCUUGGGCUGCUUUGUAUCGUCUGCGUUCUGCAGGGCCACGCCUACGCCGCGGGCAGGCACCACAAGGAGCUCUACGCCGACCUCGGCCUCUCCAGCGAGGCCACGAAGGACGAAAUCAAAAAGGCUUUUCGCGCCUUCACCCGCGCGAACCACCCGGAUUUGAAGGAGGGCUUUGAUGACAAGGAAGCGGCGAAGGUGGCCAUGGCGAAGGGGCUGCGCGCCUACGAGGUGCUGUCGGACGAGAAGAAGCGCGCUGACUACGAUGAAAUGGGCAUCAUCCCCGGCGAGGCCCCGAAGGUGGAGGAGAUGACCCCGGACGAGCUCUUUACCUACUACCACCAGUCCUCUCCGAUCUUUUCGAAGAGCAGGACGCUGACGAACGUCACUGAGGUGCGCCGCCUGCAGCAGUUCCGCGGCGGGCGCGUCUUUCUGGUGCACAUCUACGACGAGGUCAACUGCCGCAACUGCCGUCUCUACAGCACUGCGUGGGAGACGCUCUACCAAUCCAGUCUCGUGGACGCCGGGGUGCUGGAGAUGUACCGCAUUGAUGCCCUCAGUGACGAGGGCCAGGCGUUACUGACGCACCUCGGCGUGCGCUUCCGCGCGGAGCCGUACGUCUUCGCCAUCGUGGACGGCGAGGUGUGGACGCUCUACAGCAUCCAAGAUGCCAUGAAGCAGAAGAACGCGAACCGCGUCUUCCAGCAUCUGCUCGAGUUUGUCAUGUCGUUCUACUACGACGUCUUCCAGCGAACCUCCUCGCUGGAGGCGACGCAGCUGGAGGACAUCUUGACGUACCUGCGCGCCCCACGGCCGGCCUCGCAGCCGCUGCGGGCGCUGCUCCCCAACCUCAACGCCGAGUCGAUCCCCGUGGCACUGCAGAUGCGCUACGACCAGGUGGUCGUCCGCAGCGUGCCGCGUGAUGUUCUGCUCGAGUUUGUGGAGGAGUACUGCGAGAUGGAGGUGGACGUGAAGGACCGCUUCGGCGAGGCGGUGCCUAUGGCGGAGUUCAUCGUCGUCUCCGCGGAGGCGCUGCCGACACCACCGAGCGAUGUGACGGAGGACGGCGACGUGGCGGCGAUUGAGGCAGCGGAGGCGGCGGCGACUCCGCAGAAGAGCUGCAAGUUGGUGCACAUCGGCGCCGCCGUCGCACUGACCUACGGCAAAGCAGCGAAGUUUAUUGAAAGCCACCUGCCGGAGCGUCACGUCGGCAUGAAGGCGGUCCAACACGCCGGCGCCACCGACUUCAUCGACGUCUGCCGCGGAAACUGUCUUGUGUGGGUGCGGGAGGACUGCGGUGCGGCGCCGCCCCCGCACAUGGUGGAGCUGAUGUCAACGCAGUACCUCUCCUUCAAGACUGGCUACUGGUGCAUGACGGAGGAGAAGACGCUGGCCGCGGCGCUGACGAAGGCCGGUGCGUGGACGCCGACCUCGCAGGGCCUGUCGGCCUCUCCCUCUGCGCUUGUGGCGAUGGUGGGCGGCAAUGACAGCUUUGUGUACCCCCUCAUCGCGUUGAGCGUCACGUCGGUGGAGGACAUCACCGCGGAGGACAUCUACGACGCCUUGUCCAGUCUCGUCGGAGGGGACAGCGACGCGGCGGAGGAGGCGCGCGAGGGGACUGCCGCUGCCGUCAAGAAGACAAUUGAGAUUCGUCUCCCACAGUCCGUCGCCAGUCUUCUCGCCACGGCCGGAUUCCCUUUGUCGUACAAGCAGCGCCUCUACAUCCAGGCGAUGACGCUCUACAGCUUCGUCUCGCCCAUCCUGAGCAACACGACGCCGUUCCUGCUGAUGUUUCUCGUGCAAAAGUACGUCAUCAACCGCAAGAAACCGGAGGAGAAGGAGGAAGAGGAGCGCAAAAGGAAGGAGGAGCAGGAAGCUGCUGCUGCUGCUGCUGCUACGGCGGGUGCUCGUGGUGGUGCCGCCGCUGCUGCCACCGCACCCCUACGUCGACGCAUCCGCAAGCCGCAGCCACGUGUGAGCCCUUACAACCCGCGCGAUAUGAAGUGGGCGAAGGAGGAGAAGGGCUUUCUCCUCUUCCUCGCCGAGGAUGGCUCCUCCGCAGGAUCGCUGCCGUUGCCUCGCCUCGCCAUGGAAGACCCCUUCAACGUGCGUGUCCUCGGAACCGGGCAGAACAACUGGAAGGAAUGGAUGCAGGCGCACAAGCCACCGCUGCCGGAUGGCGCGAAGGAGGAGCGGCCGGAGGAGGAGCAGCACAUCUCUGUCAUGGCCAUUCGCAAAACUCGCAUGAAGGCAGUGGUGAAGUCAGAUGGGCAGACGAUCGAUUCCUUCCUACGCGACCUGCUGGAUGGCACCAUCAACCCGAGCGAGGAGCUGCCGUCGUGGGCCUACGAUGAAUGA